AUGACGGACACCAACAAGUUGGUCCAGAAGGAAGAGGCCGAUGGCCUUCGUCGCUUGUGCUUCUGCGGCGUUGCCAUGAGCACCAUCGCCGCUUUGGUGGCUGUUGUUGCCGUCCCAAUGGUCUACAACUACGCCCAACAUGUGCACAGCCAUAUGGACAACGAGUUGGAGUUCUGCCGCUCUCGCGGAACCAACAUCUGGAAGGAAAUCUCUCGUACUCAAGUAAGUGCACUACACUUAAAUCAAUUUUUUUCACUUUAUUAUAUCGAUACAGUACCGUAUUUUUAAAUCUUUACUAUAAUUUUUACAAAUGUUUUUUACACUACUACUUUACAGGGUUUGGCUUCAGUUCACCCAAGAGCCGCCCGCGGAGCUUACUUAAGCCACCGUGGCGCCCACAACGCUCACUUCGUCCACCACCGUCAAGCCCCACCACAAGGAGGAUGCUGCGGUUGCGGAGUUUCACCACCAGGACCCCCAGGACCACCAGGUCAACCAGGAGCUCCAGGUAACGACGGACAGCCAGGAGGCCCAGGAAACGCCGGCCCACCAGGACAAGCCCCACCACGCCCACAACAACACGCUGCACCUUGCCAAACUUGUGCCCCAGCUCAAGCUGGAGCUCCAGGACAACCAGGACCAAAGGGUCCACCCGGACAUGCCGGAGCCCCAGGACAGUCUGCUCACGGUGGCGGCCAAGGACCACCCGGCCCACCAGGACCUCCAGGACCACCAGGACACGGUGGACAGCCAGGAAACGCCGGAGCUCCAGGACAGCCAGGAAAAGUUACCCAAGGACCACCAAAGGUUGGACCACCAGGCACACCCGGGCCAUCUGGACGCCCAGGACCAAACGGACCACCAGGAGGCAACGGACAACCAGGACACCCAGGAGGUCAAGGACCACCAGGAGGAGCUGGACCAAACGGACACCCAGGUCAACCAGGAGGCAGAGGAAACGAUGGAGCUCCAGGUCAACAGGGAGGCAAAGGCAGUUGCGACCACUGUCCGCCACCAAGAACCGCUCCAGGAUACUAG